AUGAUUCGAUCCAGCCGGCUUUUGCGAGUGAAGCCCCAGCGGGCCGUUCGGGGUGUGCAGCGAGUUUCGCGAGCGAUCCCCUCGGGAGUGACCCACAUUCCGCGAGCCACCGUGACUGCUCAUGUGUCUAACUUCUCCACCUUUCGAGUGGUUCGACAGCAGCAGUUUUCCGAGGACGAGCUCGACGUGCUGAAUUCCGAGCGAGAAAAGGACUUUGUUGACGUGGCCAUUGUGGGAGGAGGCCCUGCUGGUCUGUCUGCGGCCAUCAAGAUCAAGCAGCUUGAUAAUGAGCACGGCAAUGGCGAUCUGCGAGUCAUUGUGCUUGAAAAGGCCCCCGAUAUGGGCUCGCACAUUCUGUCUGGAGCUGUUCUCGAGCCCCGAGCUCUGGAUGAGCUGAUCCCCGAGUGGAGAGACGAUCCUCCUGAGCCCAUGACUCUUGUUACCGAAGAGACCAUGCGUUUCUUCACCAAAAAGUGGGCCAUUCCCAUCCCCGAGCCUCCCCAGAUGCACAACAAGGGAAAGAACUACAUUGUAUCACUUAACCAGGUGACCAAAUGGCUGGCCGAGAAGGCCGAGGAGGUUGGAGUCGAGGUCUACCCCGGAUUUUCUGUUUCCGAGCUGGUUUACCGAGACGGAAACGUGGUUGGUGUGGCUACUAACGACAUGGGCCGAGCCAAGGACGGAAAGCCCCUUGAUAGCUUUGAGCGAGGCAUGGAGUUCUACGCCCGAACCACGCUGCUGGCCGAGGGCUGCCACGGAUCGCUGAGUAAGCAGGCAAUCUCCAAGUACGAUCUGCGAAAGGAUUCCGAGCCCCAGACCUACGGUAUUGGAAUCAAGGAGGUGUGGGAGGUCCCUGACGAGGUGUUCAAGUCCGGAUACGUGGCCCACGGUCUGGGAUGGCCUCUUGAUACAGAAACUUAUGGAGGAGGCUUCAUGUACCACUUUGGAGACAACCUGGUGGCCGUCGGUCUUGUCACUGGCCUCGACUACAAGAACCCUUACAUUUCGCCAUUCAAGGAGUUUCAGCGAAUGAAGCAUCACCCCUUCUUCGCCAAGGUUCUGUCGGAGGGAACCUGUAUUCAGUACGGUGCCCGAGCUCUUAACGAGGGAGGUCUGCAGUCCAUCCCCAAGCUUUCUUUCCCCGGAGGCGCACUUAUCGGCUGUUCUGCUGGCUUCCUCAACGUGCCUAAAAUUAAGGGUACUCAUACUGCCAUGAAGUCUGGUAUGCUUGCUGCUGAGACCAUUUGGGAGCAGUUCCAGGCCGAGAACGAGGCUGGAACCCCUCUGGUGGUGUCUGAGGCUGAGGACCUUGAGCCCGAGCUGUUCAAGACUAUCGAUCUCGCCAACUACGAGCAGAAGUUCAAGGAUUCGUGGAUCUACGACGAGCUUCACGAGGUCCGAAACGUGCGACCCUCUUUCCACAACCCUCUCAAGAACUGGGGAGGUCUGCUGUACUCCGGUAUUGACACCUUCCUGCUGCGGGGACGAGUUCCCUGGACUCUCAAGCAUGCCACCACCGACUCUGCUGCCACCGAGCCUGCUUCCAAGCACAAGGAGAUUGAUUACCCCAAGCCCGACGGAAAGCUGUCUUUUGAUCUGCUUACUUCCGUGUCACGAACCGGAACUAACCACGACGAAGAUGAACCUGUCCAUCUGAAGCUCACUUCUGACCCUGCUGACGCUCCCUUCAAGAUCAACACUGAGGCUGAUCUGGCCAAGCAUACCGCCGACAACUGGGAGAAGUACAAGGGUGUCGAGGCCCGGUUCUGCCCCGCCGGUGUCUACGAGUACAUUGAGGAUGACGCUGGUGACGGCGUUCGAUUCCAGAUCAACUCGCAGAACUGUAUCCAUUGCAAGACCUGCGAUAUCAAGGUGCCUGGCCAGAACAUCAACUGGACUGUUCCUCAGGGUGGAGAUGGUCCCAAGUACUCCAUGACUUAA